AUGGCGGAGCUCCCACCGCUGGCCCCAGUGCCCUCCCCCGCAGUGAGGAGGACAAUUCCACCGACUGACUGGGAAAACUGCUUGGAUGCUUGGAUGACUCUCUUGGGUAUCCGACUGAACCUGUCCGAUCAGCAGUUCAAAGGGACUGCCGCCGAAGAUACAUCAACACCCCCGUUUUUGGGGUCCUACUAUCAAUAUGCGGCCGCGGGGGACUCCGGUCUCCAGAGUGGGCCUAAAGCACGACAGCUCCGGAAGCUUUGCUUUUUGGCGACAAGGCGAUAUUUGCUUGAUCUGCCUAACCCACCAGAGGGCAUUAUAGAUUGGAAGCUCCUUGGAAACCUUUCCUGCUGCUAUCCUUCCAGUGCAGUUUUGAAGACGUCAUUAUCCAAGGCCUGGGAGCUCCAUCAAGACACGAUAACUUCAAGCAUCGACAAAGCAAAAGCCAUUGUGAUUAAAAAUUUGUGCUCAGCGAAUCCAUCCUCUAAUCCUGGGCUUCUCUCUGACAUCCGUUGCUUGACCAUUUUGGCUUCUGUGCUGCCGGCAUGUGGCCAGGCACUCAUGGCGGGCUCCGACUUUCUGGACACAAUAGCCGAAGCCUACCAGGCGAAAGGUGCAAGAGAAGAGCUUCGCAAGAUUCUCGUUGCUAAUAUCUACGUUGCCAUGAUCUCUUUAUUGAAGGAGCCUGUCAAUAUGUCCUUACUAUUGGACCAAUUGUUCAGCCUCAAGGCCGCAGCCCGAGUUGGAGCACCGAAGAUGAAAAAGGAAUCAACCAUACUCUCCGAUCUGGUCUGCAGCUCAGACCUGCUCGUUCGAUUAGAAAAGCACCUCGCCAGCAAUCCGCAGAAGCGAGGACAGGAUCUUCUCGCCAGCUUGCGGGCCUAUCAAGUUGAAUCGCAAUCUCUACACCAUCGAUACCAAAGGAAGAAGAAGGUGAACAAGGGCAAAGGAGUAUCCAAGGAUCCAAUCAUCUCGGGAGAGUUACAUGCCCAUAAGAUGUCCCUGGUCACACAGGUGCAAGACCUCUUCCCUGACCUUGGGUCAGCCUUCGUUGUACGCCUUCUGGACUUUUACAACGACAACCCCGAAACAAUCGUUGCUCAACUCCUGGAUGAUUCACUACCCUCUGAACUUCAAGCUCUAGACCGAACUGAGCAGCUGCCUCCCCCAGCCGAGCCUCACCACGUUCACAUGUCACCUCAACCAACACCCCCGGCAAUGCCAUCACCACAACCUGAAUACCUCCCGACCCGAAAGAAUGUUUUCGACAACGACGUCGACAUUGCUGAACUCAGUCGAUCAGGCGACGCCGAAGGAAAAUUGCACUUUGGCCACAUCGAUACAGAUGAACCAGUCCCUAUAGACAGCAGUCAACAUGCAACCAACAAAGCAGCUAUCCUCUCCGCACUGGCGACAUUUGAUUCUGACGAUGAUGAGCGUGAUGACACCUACGACGCAACCGAUGUAGGCGGUGCCAUCGAUGGCCCUACAGGUGCAGACAGCGAGGCCGACGCAGAGAAGCAGAGUCGACACCCAGUUGACACCGAAGCAACUCUGUUCCGAACAUACAAGUCUAAUCCUGGUCUGUUUGCCCGUGACUCGGCGACUCGGCGAUCGCAACCGCGUCAAUCAUUGAAGCGCGAGACCGGGAUGACGGAUGAGGCCAUCGAGGGCUGGGCAGUGAUGCUGGCCCGGGAUCCGAAGCGCCUCGCUAGACUUGAAGGUCAACUUGCUGUGGAUGCUGGUGGACCCGGUGGUGGCGCACUCAACCAGCCCGAGUUGCGCUCUACUUCUUACAGACGACCGCAACCACGAGAGGAUGGCGACGAGGGCUCGGAUGAAGGCGAAUCUUCUGGUCAUACCGGUUCCAGGGGUAGAGGCGGCGGUGGGCGUGGCAGAGGACGCGGUGGUAGAGGGCGAGGUCGUGGAGGUGGCCCUCAACCUGCAGGCCAGGGACAGGCCGACAGUGCUGCUUCGAGGCAGAGGAAAGAAGAGAACAAGGGCAGUCGAGCAAACCACAAUCGGCGGCAGCAACACGCAAAGAAGAUGGCGCGUGGUGGAAUGCCUGGUUAA